AUGUUCACAACGCAGCCCAUUUGGGAGAACUUGAUCAGUGGUAUCAGCACUUAUCCAUACUACUACAUCAACAUUCUGGUGUCGUUAGCCUCACUACUAUUCAACUUGUGCAGCUUCAACUUGGUGGUGCUAAUAGUGUGGAACGUCGUCAUCACCACCGCCACUAUAAUUCCGCAGCCUCACGCACAACUGGGCAUCGUCUUGGUUAUAUCCAUCUUGUUAUCCCACUUCACCUCAGGCCAACCUCAAGUGCGCGACUUGUCCGAGAAAAGACAAACCGCCAACAUCAACUUGAAGUCGCUUGCAAUCAGACUCAUGCAAUAUUACCAGUACAGCCUCGUGGUCAUCUCCGUGUGGCUCGUCGUUGUAGGCACAAACACCACCAUCAACAUCCAAGACCUCAACAGCGCCAGAACCAGCCACGCUGAAUUUCUCAGCGAGUUGCUAUUGAACCAUAACCGCAGCCAGGAGAAUGUGAGCCGGUGUUUGGCACUCGUGGAAAUCAUUGUUGUCAACUGUUGCAGUGUGUUGAAUGUGUUUGCGUUUGUCUUGAUACCAGUUGUGUUAAACUGUGCCUAUGCCAGGAGAUUAGGCCCAAGUGGCUUGAAUUUCACUCUGUGA